AUGAAGCCCCUUAUUAUAUCUGGCCCGUCGGGAGGAGGAAAAAGUACAAUAAUCACAAAAGCUAUGGAAGCCUAUCCAGAUGCUUUUGCAUUCAGUAUUUCACAUACAACACGAAAACCACGACCAGAAGAAGUAGAUGGUAUAAAUUAUUGGUUUGUGACUGAAGAAAAGUUUAAAAAAAUGAUCAAUGACGGUGAAUUUCUGGAGUAUGCUACGUUUGGAGGCAGUAUGUAUGGCACAUCAAAAAAGGCAUUGGAUGAUGUAUUAAAGACUGAACGUAUUUGUAUUGUAGAUGUAGAGUUGCAAGGAGUUAAAAGCAUACAUGGUUGUAAACUAGAUGCCAAAUACAUUCUUAUCAAAACGCCAACUCUAGAAAUACUGGAACAACGCUUACGUUCUCGAAAAACUGAGACCGAAGAAUCUCUGACAAAACGGCUAAAUCAUGCAAAGGAAGAUCUGGAUGCUGUUAGUGCCAAUCCGGAAUUAUUCGAUUUUGUAAUAGUAAACGAUAAUCUCGAGCGAGCAUAUAAUGAAUUCUUAAAAAUCAUUGAAAACGAACUGGACAUUGUUAUGAAUGCGAAGAAGAAAUAA